CCAUUCCAGUCUUUACACCAACACAUAUACCCCAAUAAAACCAGAGAGGAAAAAAUUUUAAAAAAUUAGAGAUGGAAUUUUCACAGCCCUAAUGGAACCGAAAAUAUUCGAGAGACAGGAAGUCAAGAACUUGAAACACAGAAAGAGUCAUGGAAGAGAAAAAUCAAGAAUCUGAGCUUUAAGCACAUUGCUUAAGACUAUAUUCUUUAGGGAGGGAGAGAAAGUUGUGUUCUUUAUAGAAAUACAAGAUCGGAUUGGUCUGUCAUUCUGUUCGUUUAAUGGCGACCCGGUGGAUGAAGUCGCUACAAUGCAAAUCAAGAGCUGUUGAAGAUGUUCUUAGCCCGAAUCCGAAAUAUCUAAUACCCAGCUCCAGUUGCAGAAAGAGCGCUCAGAGCAUCAAAGACGUUAUUGAAACCGCCACCAGAAAUCAAAGACCCACUAAACCUAAGCACCACCGCCUCCAUCACCACCACCAACGACAGAAUCUACAAAAAUCUACCUCUUUUUCUCCUACCCAUACCAAACCCAAACCUAAAUCCGAACCGGUUUCAGCUCCUCCUUCUCGUUCUCGUUCUACCCGUAACCCGGACCCGCUGUUUCCAGCAUUAACAGAAGUACCCGACGGCCACCCUUCUCGUAAUGUGGUGGAAAUUAUCUUUCACACGAGUUGGAGCAAUAAGUCAUUUCCGGGUAGGAUCGAGAUGAUUUUUAAAGUACAUAACGGGACUAGAACGAUUUCUCGGUUCGAAGAGUAUCGCGAGAUGGUUAAAACCCGAGCCGGAUUAUCUGGCGGAAGCACGUGGGAGGAGAAUGCGCGGUGCGUCGCUGACGGAAACGAGAUGAUGCAGUUCUACUGCCUGGGUCCCACUGGUGGCGUUCAUGAAGCCCGCUGCAGUGCGUGGGUUUUCCCCGGUGGAAAAGGGGCGGCGAUUUGUACAUUUUCCGGAAGCGGCGGGGCACACGAGAGUGCUGGCGGUGGCAGUGGAAGGAGGGCGAUGCUGGUUUGUCGAGUGAUAGCGGGUCGCGUGUCGAAGCAAAUAGAGUUCGAUUCAUUGAUUGAUGGGCGGGUCGGGUUUGACUCGGUGAGUGGGGAAAAUGGCGAGUUGCUGGUGUUUGAUCCUCGUGCGGUGUUACCUUGCUUUCUUAUUAUCUAUAAAUUGUAAAAAUAUAUGGAAAUUAUUUCCUAUUUUUAUUUUUCCUUUUCCAUUUUUAAUUUCUCUCGGAUUGUUUUCUUAUGCCUCAUUUAUCAACACAAUAUUUUUUUGCUCGAGA